AUGGCAUCUGUAAUAUACUCCGUAGAGGCCGCGAAAGAGACUUUUUUUAAACAUGGCUUCCUGGACCGGAAAAAUCCGACGGUUAGGGAUAGUAUCCAGGAAAUAGAGAAGAAGGGCUUUGAGUUUUUCUCGGAAUAUAGCCUGGACUUUUGCUAUAACGAGACCUGUAUUCUCGCAUACUACCUGAGAUAUAUAGUAUAUCCGGGCCAUAUUAUAUGCUUUAGGAGGGGUAGUCUAAAGGCUGGACGACAGGCUUUAGUAGUUUAUCUAUUAGCCAAAGGAUCGCGAGUUAGCUAUUAUAGCGGCUCACAUAACCAUUUCUUGCCUACUAUAAAGGAAUUAAGGUUCUUGAACGAAAUUUCUUAA